GUGUGGGACUAUUAUCCGAAAACCAUGACGAUCCAACGACGACCUCUACGCAUUUUCCUCCAGGCGACACCUCGAACGAGGUCGAACCUCUUGAUUCAGCUCCUCAGUACCCACCCAUCCAUCGCCGAACAUCAGUACCCUUUCUCGAAUGCAUACCACUUUGGUCCAGAGAGGCAGUUCUCGAGGGACAUUGACGUAGGAGAAACAGGAGACAUGGAGGAUUUCUCGGGAGAAACAUAUAAACAUGCUUUCGGGAAGUUCAAUGACCUUUUACAGAAGAUAGAGAGCGAGCAAAAGAUCGCACUAAUCAAAGAACACAUUUUCUACAUGAUGCAUGCAGAAAAGACUUACGAAUGUCUGGGCCAAGCAGUCUCCUCAUCGAGAACCAAACCGACCGUGGACGAUGCGCCCUCAACCAAUCUGACGUUUCUCCCUGACAAUUUCCUCCUUACAUUCACACCCGUCUUCAUCAUCCGCCACCCCGCACGCGCAUUCCCGUCCAGUCUUCGUGCCCACAGCCGAUCCACAGGCGGGAAUGUCUUUGACACAGAUUUCCCCGCGAACGCAACGUUUAAAUUCUCUCGCAUCUUGCUAGAUUGGUACACUGCACGGUCGCCUUCGAAGCUGCCAGUUGUCAUUGACGGUGAUAAGCUCGUUGAUGAUACGAAACGGCAGAUGAAGCGGUUGUGUGAGCGUUUGGGUAUCGAUGAGGAGCGCAUACGGUAUAAUUGGGAUUCGAAAGAGGAUCAUGGAUAUGGAAAGGUAUGGGAUGCUUAUUAUGAAGAGAUACAAAAUUCCACGGGGGUUGUUCGGACUAAGGAAACGAUGGGGGCUCCGGUGCUUGAGGAAGAGAUGAAGAAAUGGGAAAAGGAGUGGGAUGAGGGGGUAGCCAUCAAAUUGAAGGAGUUUGUGGAAUCUGCUAUGGAUGAUUAUGAGUACCUUUUGAAGCAGAGCAUUUAAUAGUCCAGAAUAGAUUAAGCUCACUCGUACCAGCCAAAAUGACUGAAUUCUUAAGGGAGUCAAUUCUGGGACCAGACGAUGGCAAGCAUGUAGUUAGGC